AUGGUUUCAUUCUGGCCGUGGAGAGGAGAAGACACCUCACCAGCCUCAUUUGAGAAAGCGCUCUCCUCGCUGUCGACUAAAAUCUCAAAAGCGAGCAGCAAUCUAGAAACACUGCGGCAGCGCUCAAGACGCGUCAACGUCUUGAUCUAUGUCGUCAGACUCGCCCUGACUACGUACUAUGACUAUCGUACGUCGGCCGUCCAGGCACAUCUAGAUGACUUGGAGAGACAAAGGAAUAAGACCAUCGAGAAGCUCAAGGACGCGACCAAAUACAACAGCACUCAGGACUUGCUCAAGAAGUAUGGGGGCACGCCGACCCCAAAGGAGAAACCUAAAAAGGCAGAGAGCAGCGGCAAGCCUGAACAAGGUAGAGCCCAGCCACAGCAAGGAGGCAGGACCAACAUGGCACCUCCGCCUACAGCAAACAUUCCACAUCGAAUCGAGACUUCCUCGCCUCAAGUAAAACACCCACAGCAGCAAAUCUCCUCUUCCCCUUCUGCCUCACCACAGGAUGCACGCAGGCCAUCCUCCCCAAAUUCCCCUGGCGCAGACUUCGCACCCAAUGCCUUUUCUGCCCCUGCCCAAUAUGCCCAAACUAUCGAAGGACCAAAAUGGUACGACCGCUUCAUGGAUGCAUUGCUGGGAGAAGACGAGACUUUACCAAGCAAGCGCUUCGCGCUGAUCUGUAGUAAUUGCAGACUCGUGAACGGGCAAGCACCGCCAGGCGUUAGCAGACUGGAGGAUGUUGGCAAGUGGCGCUGUUCGGGCUGUGGGACUAUGAAUGGAGAGGAGGAUGAAGUUAGGAAACUCGUCAAAAGUAUACAGCAAGAACCAAAAGCUGUCCAUGCGAAAGAAAUCCAACACGAGGAGCGAACUGAGGAGUCAAAAGUGCAAGAAGCGGGCACGGAGAGUAGCGAGAGCGAUGUCACGCAAUACUCGACAGAGGAGGAGAAGCCACCGGCUGUGAAAGAGACGCCCAGGAGGAGGUCGACGAGGCCGAAGAAGGGGAUGAAGUCAUAUGAUGAGUGA